AUGACUCCACGUCUGGUAAUAUCUUGCAUCGCUCUUUUGUUAUUAUUCAGUUCAUCGGUAAAUACUCAGGGGAUCAUAAAUAAUUUUAUACAAGGAAUCAAAAAUAUUCUACCGAUAAAAGUUGGUGCUUUAAAAUUUCUAAGCGAUAAUUUAAAAUUUAUAAAAAAUGAAGUUAAUGAUAUUACACCGUCAAUAAGACAAGAAUAUGAUUUUAUUAUCGUUGGAGCUGGUAGUGCAGGAGCGACCAUUGCAAACAGACUGACAGAAAUCAAAGAAGCUAAAGUACUUUUAAUCGAAGCAGGCGGCAAAGAAAAUUUAUUUAUGGACAUUCCUUUGGCUGCUGUUUAUUCGACCUUUGACAAGAGCAAGCAAUGGGGUUAUUUAACUGAACCUUCAGAUCAAUAUUGUCUUGGAAUUGAAAAUCAUCAAUGUCCACUUCGAUUUGGUAAAGUGAUGGGAGGAACAAGUUCAGUUAACGCUAUGAUGGCUACCCGAGGUAACAAAAAGAAUUAUGAUACUUGGGCGGAAUUAACUGGCGAUAACGGUUGGUCAUGGAAUGGAAUGCUGAAAUAUUUCAAGAAAAUGGAGAAAUAUCACGUUACUUUAGCACAACCAAAUAGAGAAGCACACGGCUAUGACGGACCAUUACAUAUAAUGAAUGCACCGUAUCAAUCUCCGCUUGGACAUGCUUUUGUCGAAUCAGGUAAAGAAUUUGGAUUACCAACUGUAAUUGACUACAACAGUGGUCAACAAACAGGUUUCGCGUAUCUACAAACCAAUCAAAUUAAUGGAGAAAGAAUGAGUGCUAAUCGAGCAUAUUUACACCCCAUAAAAAAUAGAAAAAAUUUGUUCGUUAGUAUGAAUAGUCACGUGAAUAAACUAUUAAUCGAUCCUGAAACAAAAACUACUUAUGGCGUAGAAUUCACAAAACAAAAUAAGAAAAUCGAAGUAAUAGCAAAAAAAGAAGUGAUUGUAUGCGCUGGAGCAUUAGCAUCGCCAAAGCUCCUCAUGCUCUCCGGAAUUGGUCCAGCAGAACAUUUGCAAAGUUUCGGCAUCAAUGUUUUAAAAGAUGCGCCUGUUGGUGAAAAUUUGAUGGAUCAUAUAGCUUACGGAGGAUUAACCUUCUUAACCAAUGAAACACACAGUUUUUUAACGUCAGAAAUUCUAAACCCAUCAAAGCCUGCUCUAUCAGACUAUCUAAUAAAUAGAAACGGCCCAAUAUCAGUAUCGGUUGCAAUUGAAGGAGUAGGAUACUUAAAUGUUGAUGACAUAAGCCCUAAUAAUGAAGAGCCGAAUAUGGAAAUAAUGUUUCUCAAUUUACAUAUGGGUUCUGAUUUAUUAUUCUACAAAGUUUUUGGGAUAAAUGAUAGUUAUUACUACAAAUUUUUUGGUAAUACAAUUUCACGCCACGGAUAUCUUGUCGCACCAGCUCUUAUUCAGCCUAAAAGCCGGGGCAAAAUAUAUCUACGUAGUGCAAAUCCUAGAGAUAAUCCAAAAGUUUUUGCAAAUUAUUUCUCCGAUCCUGAUGAUAUACGUGUAGCCGUAAAAAGUAUCAGAGCCGCAAUCAAAAUAGGAAAAAGUAAGGUACUGCAGAGAUAUGGACCGAAAUUGAUUGAAAAUAUUGUUCCUGGAUGUGAAAUGCAUGAACAAAAUUCAGAUUCAUAUUGGGAAUGUGCGUUUAGAACGUUUACCAUAACUUUUUGGCACCAUAGUGGAACAUGCAAAAUGGGUGCGGAAAAUGAUCCAUCAGCAGUUGUUAAUACUAAAUUACAAGUUCAAGGAAUAAACAAUUUAACGGUAGCAGAUGCUUCAAUAAUGCCAAUGAUACCAACAGCUCACUUGAAUAUUCCAACAAUAGCAGUCGCUGAAAAGGCAUCUGAUUUGAUAAAAUUGCGUUGGGGAGCUAUUGUUGUAGUAGCUGUCAUUACUAGUAAUCUGAUAGAGAUCAAGGAAACACAAGUACUAGAAGUAGGUUAUAGGACUCUAAAUGAUUUUAUACAAGGAGCAACAAAUUUACUACCUCUGAAAAUUGGUAGUCUAAAAUUUUUAUUUGAUAAUUUAAAAUUCGACAAAAAUGAGGUUAGUGAUGUUACUCCGUCGAAUAGACAAGAAUAUGAUUUUAUUAUCGUUGGAGCGGGUAGUGCAGGAGCGACCAUUGCAAACAGACUGACAGAAAUCAAAGAAGCUAAAGUACUUUUAAUCGAAGCAGGUGGCAAAGAGAAUUUAUUUAUGGAUAUUCCUUUGACCGCCAUUUAUUUGUCACUUGAUACAAAGAAACAAUGGGGCUAUGUAACGGAACCAUCAAAUCAAUAUUGUCUAGGAAUGGAUAAUAAUCAGUCUAAAAUUCUAUUUGGCAAAGUGAUGGGAGGAACAAGUUCAAUCAAUGGUAUGAUGGUCACUCGAGGUAAUAAAAAGAAUUUCGAUGACUGGGCAAAAUUAACUGGAGACAAUAGUUGGUCUUGGGAUGGAAUGCUGAAAUAUUUCAAAAAAUUGGAGAACUAUAACGUUACUCUAGCAUAUACAAAAAGAGAAGCACAUGGCUACAAUGGGCCAAUACAUGUCACAAAUGCACCGUAUCAAUCUCCGCUUGUACAUGCCUUUGUCGAAUCGGGUCAAGAAUUUGGAUUUCCAACUGCAAUUGACUACAACAGUGGUCAACAAACAGGUUUCGCGUAUCUACAAACCAAUCAAAUUAAUGGAGAAAGAAUGAGUGCCAAUAGAGCAUACUUACACCCCAUAAAAUAUAGAAAAAAUUUGUUCGUUAGUAUGAAUAGUCACGUGAAUAAACUAUUGAUCGAUCCUGUAACAAAAACUGCUUAUGGUGUAGAAUUCACAAAGCAAAAUAAGAAAAUCGAAGUAAUAGCAAAAAAAGAAGUGAUUGUAUGCGCUGGAGCAUUAGCAUCGCCAAAGCUCCUCAUGCUCUCCGGAAUUGGUCCAGCAGAACAUUUGCAAAGUUUCGGCAUCAAUGUUUUAAAAGAUGCGCCUGUUGGUGAAAAUUUGAUGGAUCAUAUAGCUUACGGAGGAUUGACGUUUUUGACGAACGAAACUGAAAGUAUUUUAGUAACGGAUAUUUUUAAACCAUCAAACCCUGCUUGGUCAGAUUAUUUUUUGAAAAGAACUGGCCCAGUUACAACACCAAUUGGUAUUGAAGGAAUAGCAUACUUUAAUGUUGACAAGUUGAGCCCUGAUAAUGAAGAACCGAAUACAGAAAUUAUGUUUGUCAAUAUCCAUCCUGCAUCUGAAUUACUAGUGCAUAAAGUUUUUGGGUACAAUGAUAGUUAUUUUCAAAAAUUCUUUGGUAAUAUAAUUUUUAAGCAUGGAUAUAGUCUUUAUCCGUUGCUGAUGCAGCCGAAAAGUCGAGGAAAAGUAUAUCUGCGUAGUGGAAAUCCUAAAGAUAAUCCAAAAAUUGUUGCAAAUUAUUUGUCUGAUCCCGAUGAUGUGCGCGUAGCAAUAAAAAGUAUUAGAGUAGCAAUCGCAAUAACGAAAAGUAAAGCACUGCAGAAAUAUGGAUCGAGAUUGAAUGAUGUCGCUGUGCCUGGGUGUGAAGAUCAUGUACCAAAUUCAGAUUCAUAUUGGGAAUGUGCGUUUAGAACGUUUACCAUAACUUAUUGGCACCAUAGUGGAACUUGCAAAAUGGGCGCAGAAAAUGAUCCAUCUGCAGUCGUUAAUACAAAAUUACAAGUUCAAGGAAUAAACAAUUUAAGAGUAGCUGAUGCUUCGAUAAUGCCAAUGAUUCCUUCAGCCCAUCUGAAUAUUCCAACAAUAGCAGUGGCUGAGAAAGCGGCUGAUUUAAUAAAAUUUCAUUGGUAUUAUAAUGGUUAA